UAAACCGACGGCAAGACGAGUGCCUUGGCCUAGAUACAGACAACAAAUGUGUAUAUAAAUAGCUCAGAAAGGACAAACACGUUUGUUUAUUGUUCCUGAUAGCGCCCUUCUCCUAACGUCGGUAGCCACUGGACUGUAAAGCUUGCCAGAGUUCGUCCUUAGCAGUGAUGUCUCUGCCUCCAGAGAAAGUUUCCGAGCUGAAGCAAAUCAUUCACAACCAUCUGCUCAAGAGUGGUAUACGUGGGAAGAUCCGAGAGGUGCUGGCUGAAAAUGUGAAGGAUGAUCAAGGGCGAUCGCAUCAAUCUCUGUCUGAGGCCGAUUUUUUAAGUGCUCUGCAGAACAGGGGUAUCAUAGAUGAUGUAAUGAAGGACCUACGAUUUAACCAGGAGGCAAUCAUGGAUGAAAAAAAAGGAUCUCCUCCCAAGCGUGCUUCUGACUUUAUUGACAAAGAAAUCACUCAGCUGAAGAAAUCCAAUAUUGAUCCAUCAAGACGUUACCUGUAUCUGCAAGUACUUGGUGGUAAGGCCUUUCUGGAGCACCUCCAGGAGCCUGAGCCUUUACCAGGUCAAGUGUGUUCAACAUUUACACUCUACGUGCACUUCCGCAACCAGAGGUUUCACUCAAAGCCAGUGCCCUGUGCCUGUGAACCAAACCUCGAGGAGGGCUUACUCUUCGAGAUUCAUAGAGAUGGAAUAGGAGAAAGCAAUAAAAUGGCAGAUGCAACUACCUUGCUGUCAGUGAGUGACCCGGUUCACUUGGUGCUGAUCAAAACAGACACCUCCAGUGAGACAACGCUGGUCUCAUCCUACUUCCUGGACUGGAGGAUAGUCCUCGGCGCACCCAGUGGAAAGACCUGCUUUGCUGUAGAGAUGAUGGGUGUUGGCAGUGAAUCUAAAGUCCCAGCUGGUGUUCUGACAGUCAGUCUGGAGCUUUACCCAAUUCUCACAGAGACUCUGAGCACUGACAUCAUCAGCACACAGCAAUCCCUGGAAAGAAAGAAGACAGCAGAGAAGGAGAGACUCUUCCUGGUUUAUGCCAAACAGUGGUGGAGGGAGUUCCUUGAGAUACGACCGUCGCACCAAUCCAAAAUGGUCAAGAUAUUUGCGCAGGAUGAAAAUGGCGUCAACCAACCAGUGUGUUCCUAUGUGCGUGUCCUCCGGGUGGGCCGGCUGCUGGAGAGUCCUCGACAGGCAGCCCGUUUCGUCAGCUUGCUGGCCCAUGAGAAGGCUCCUGUGGUUGGAGGGGGCGGGCAGGAGCAAUGGUGCACAUUAAUGGCUUUCCUAUGCAGACGGAAGGGGGAUUGUGAAGACCACGCCACCCUGCUGUGCAGCCUCCUGCUUGGCUUUGGUUUGGAUGCAUAUGUGUGUGUAGGCACCAAAGCAAAGGGAGUGCCACACACCUGGGUCCUGACUCGCGGUACUGAUGGGAGCGUUACAUUCUGGGAGAGCCUAACAGCACACAGAUACCUCCAUCAGGCCAUUGACCCAGAAGCUCCGCCUCUGGCCCCACAGCCCAAACCCUCAUCCCCCUACCGCACUGUGGGUUGUAUCUUCAACCACCAGAACUUCCUGGCCAACUGCCAGCCAUCUGAUGCUGUAGAGCUUUGUGUCUUUGACUUCCAGAAUCAAUCUUGUUGGAAGGCGAUGAGUGAAGAUGCUCUGAAUUCUGUCUGUGACCCAGGCUCAGUCACCUCUCUGCCCCUUCAGCCUUCGCUCUGUGCCUCAUCUCUGGAUCCUGCUUCAUCUAGCAACCAGUUGGAGUUUGAGAUGCGCUACCUGGUUUCGGAGCACAGGAAGGACCUGGAGCUGGCAACAGUGUGGGAUGAUCACCUGUCCUACCUGCUCUCCUCUGCUUUAUCAGCCUAUGAGCUGGAGCGCUGCACUGGUGUGUCUUGUGGCAAUGAGGAGUUCCAGGAUGCAGUGAGGAGGGCAGUGCCAGAUGGACACACCUUCAAAGGCUUCCCCAUACACUUCCUGCACCGCAGUGCUCGUAGAGCCUUUACUACUUGUCUUAGGUCUCCGUUCUGUCAGGAAAUAGUUAGUUGCCGUGGCGACCUUGUGCGGCUGGCAGUACGAGUUCGGGUGUUUGUGUAUCCAGAGAAUGUUUGUGCAGUGUGGCUCAUGUUUGCAUGUAAAUAUCGUUCUGUACUCUAAACAACUGAAAGAUGGUUUUCAAAAGACUACCAGUUUGUAUAGUACAUUGGCCCCAGACAAAACUUUCUAACUUCAUGACGACACAACAGAUUUCUGUUUCAUAUAGACAAACUUGUUUAUGCACAUUGCAUUAAAACAUCUGCAUCCAUGAAAAGACUAAAUUACAUAAAGUUGUAUUCAGUGAUAAAGACAUUUAAAGAGAUGUUUGUGACUGUUAUCUCUACUCUGGUGCUUAGGCCUUUAUUUUGCUGACUUUUAUGCACAAAAUUGUAUGUAUUCAUAUAUCUAUUUUUGAAAAUAAAUGCGAUUAAAAAGAAAAUAUAUAUAUGUCUUACUGUGUACUUAACCACCUAGUGUCUAAACUGAGAAGUGCAAUACAGUGGGCCAUAGUCCAUUACAUUACAUUACAUUUCAUUUAGCUGACGCUUUUAUCCAAAGCGACUUACAAUAAGUGCAUUCAACCCAGAGGGGUACAAAUCCAGAACAAAACGGAUGAAGAAAGUACCAUUUCUUCAAAAUCAAGAAAAACUACAAAGUGCUAUAAGUAAGUGCCAUUAAAGUGCUACUAAAUUGUUAGUUUCAAGUUUAUUUUUAUUUAUUUUUCCAUGUUAAUUUUUUUUGUUGAUACAGCCCAAUUAAAAAUGGAUGGCGGGCCGCAGAAAUGUAAAUGCCAUGUACAAAGUAAGGUGGAAGAUGAAGCAAAAGGUUUAUUACAUCACAGUUUUUAUCAAUUAUCAUUGUCAUCACCAUAAUUAAAUGUUCAUGAUUAUAUUAAUGAUGCUCAAAGAGAUAUUGGAAAAAUGUAGAGCCACCAUCACUGGCAAUAUGGAAGAAGGAGUUGAUGACUUGUCUUGGACUGGAGAGAUUGACAUACAUUGUUAAAGGUAAACAGUACUUGUAUUUGGGAAUCAUUUGUGUCAUUUUUGACCAAUGAAACGGAUAACACUGACUGAACAACAGGUUGUGAAAUGAUCCUCCCUUUUUGAAAUUUUUGAAAUUUUUAUUUUUGAAAUUUUUUUACUCCAUAAGUUUGAUGUCUGUUGUCAUUGUCCAUUUUAUUUAUUUAUUUUUUCUUUGUGUGUGUGAAUGAGUGGCUGUUCGAGGGGAAAUAAAUGAAAAUGUUUGUAAAUUCGCCAUAAAGUUUGA